UCCCGGAAAUGCUGGGAAAGUGCUUCAAACAUGUAAACAUACGUGGAAGGUGAUAUUUCGAGGGAAACGUACAUUUGUUCUGCGGUAAGAAACCAACAUAGAGGUACGAACAUGUAAAUGCUGCAAGCAUAUGAUUAAUUACCACCAGAGACUUAGUUUUGAAGUUUUUAAGUAUUAGAGGAGGGGUAGCCAUUGGCUUUGUGACUGUUAGCUAAAGGGCUAAUUUUUGCAUAGCACCGGCUACCGCGUUAGUCACCCACGUGUCGAUGUAUUUAUCCCAAAUUUUGGCUUACUCUAUCUGUGGGAAAGUGCUUGACCAUGAUCACAUAAACAGGCGAAUUAAAUUAUGCUCGUAAGCGCUUGUUUAGGAAAAGUUGUCUUGAGGGAUCCUCUAGUCGCUGUGUAUAGAAGUUCAGUGAGCCGACGGUGGGCGGUACUUGUACUAUGGACAAACUAACUGGUAGUAGCAACGAGGAGCUCUUCUUCAUCGCGGACGUUGAUACCUCAGCGGGAGAAGAUGACAUCGAGUUAAGUCCCCAGAAACGUAAAAAAACAUGUAGACAUCCGUCGCCAAGCAGCAGAGAGAGUUCUCCUCCGCUCCUGCUGGCGUUCAACAACAGCUCCAGACAGACUCUGCAGGACAGAAACCAGAGCCCCGUUUCCAGUUUGGACCCUCAGGAGGAGGUGGACGAGGACAGCAACCACUCCAUCGAGGAGUGGAUGAUCCUUGGGCGUAAGGAGGAGGUGGGAGACUCAAGCAUUCAGCUUCACCUGAGCUACCCGAACAACUCUGAGGAUGACUCUGAAGAUGAAGAUCAGAAUGUGAGGUCAGAUGUGGAUACCUGGACUGUAUCAGAAAAAGACAAGUGUGGUGUUGAAAAGUCUCAGCCCAUCCGGUAUUGGGUGCCUGGUAACUCUCAGACCUGCAACAUCUGCAAUAGGAUGGGACAUCUUGCUGAAAACUGCUACUAUCAAAAGAAGUGGCCCACCUGUGUCCUCUGUGGCAUGCAGGGCCAUAUCCAGAGGGACUGUCCUGGCCGCCCCUGCCCCAGCUGUGGGUUGCCCUCACAUAGCUCCAGGCCCUGUGAAAGACCCCCAGUGUUCAACCAACACUGCCGGCGCUGCAGGAUGACAGGGCACCUCACUGAUUCCUGCCCUGAUACCUGGAGACAGUACCACUUGACUGUCCGACUAGAGGUUCCACUUCGGCCAUCGACAGUCCACACCGUCAAACAGAAGGAGUGCCUGACUUUUUGUUAUAACUGCUCAAAGAGAGGACAUUAUGGCUAUGAGUGCACUAAAAGGAGAAUGGUCAGCAGGACAUUUCCAUCACUGCCUUAUGUUUGCCACUAUGACACCAUUGACGACAUCCUCAAACGUUGCACAACGAUGCAUGAAAAACCCAAAGGGCAGGUAAAUGCUGGAUGUCUGCCUCUCUCAGGCCAGCAGACUGAUUUGAUACAGGAGAGUGGUGAGGAGGAUCCACCUGUCCAAGCGAGGUUCAGGACAAAGCAAGAUGCAUGCACUCCGGCUGGCAGGAAGAAGACGUGGCCAGAGAGGCGCAGAGAGAGACGGGAAGUGAAGAGGCUGAGGAGAGAGGCCCAAGCAAGACGUGAAGGAGGACUACUUGGGAGAUCCUGGGGAAAAUUUGAUGAUGAAGUUGGCCCUUCAGACCCCUUUAGGUCUCCCUUUCUUGGCCAUAAGCAAUUUGAACCUCGUCCACAAAGGAAGAGGAAGGAUGUGGCAGAGGGUAGAAAGAGCAAAAAGACUAGAGAGGCAGAGAGAUGGAAGAAGAGAGGAGGGCUAAAACGUGGGGAUUUAUAUCCCAGUGGCGGUUUAGAUAUCAGUAGUGAAAACCUUCUUUCCCCAAAACAAAGAGUACGUCAUAGAAGACGAUGAAGUGUAAUUAUUUUCUCAUUGUUUAAGGUAACCAAUGUUUCUGGAUAAUAAAUGGAUUUGUAUGCCUCUUUGA